AUGCUGCGGCGGAGGUGGUGGCAGCUGCCGGCGCUGGCCUGCGCGGCGCUGCUGGUCGUCUGCUGGACGCGACGAUGGCAGCCUGACCAGCGGCACGACCACGCCAUACUUAUCAGCUUCUAUCAUAAAAAGCGAAAAUACUGCGGAAUCAACAAUUUUGAAGUCAAUAUCCUGCUGCGGUACGGCGAGAAACACAACUUGUUCUUCGCUCUGCCCUCGCACAACUACUUCGGUGGCGGCAGGUCCUACGUGAGAAAGGAAAUGAUCGACGCGCAGUUCGAGAACAUCUUGGGCUACGACAUCUACGCUAUUCACUCCAGGUGGAAUAUCACUGAGAUGAAGCGAAUAAUGCCGAACGAUACAAUAUUCAUCACGAUUGUCAGGGAGCCUUCCGAGCAAUUUAUCUCCCUAUUCGACUACACAAACAUGGAGGCGUUCCAUAAAAUGAACCUGACAACGUACGUCAAGACCGUCCAUGCCAACGACGCGCGCAUGUCAGGCUACAUCGGCUACAAUCAGAUGACCUGGGACUUGGGCCUUCCUGCUGGCCAGUUCCAGAACAUGACGGCCGUGCAGGAGCUGGUGGACGAGGCAGAUAAACUCUUUGAUUUGGUGAUGGUGACCGAGCGCAUGCCAGAGUCGCUGAUGCUGCUCCGUCGGCUUCUCUGCUGCGAGCUGGACGAUCUCUUCGUGCUUCAGGUCAACGCUCGCAAGCCCAAGCUCCGAGUGUCUCAUGGCUGCGUCUCCAAGAUCCUAGCCAGGUACAACGAAACAGGCUCCUACCGACCGGGCGCGAUCGGCGGCAGCAAGCCUCGAGUCACAACACCCAAAGUCGUCAACUACAUCAAGAACAUCAAGCAGAAAGACCCUGGCAUCUUCGCUUGGGAGAUCCGAGAGAAGCUACUGAAGGAUAACGUGUGCGACAAGUACAACGUACCCAGCGUGUCAUCCAUCUCAAGGAUCAUUCGAAACAGGAUGGGCAGUUCUCUUCACCAGAUGGCGCCGUCUGGCCCGUACGAUGUGAAGCCUUCCUCAAGCAUCUACCAGAACCUCUACCCUGCCUACACUGCUGCCGUCACGGGCUACAUCGCCCCUGCCCAUCAGCAACAGCAGCAGCAAACCCAUCACCAGCAGCAAGCGUCUCAUCAUCCAAAUCAUCAGCAACAAAUUGCACAAAAUCCUUUACUUUUACAGAGCCAAGCGCAUCAUCAGCAGUCGUCACAGACUGGAAACUCUUCGUCCAAUCCGUCCACUCCAUCGUCAGAUACUCCGCCAAUAGCAGUCACUCCGAUCCCCACAACGGCAACUCACCCAGACCAUCGGGGCAACCAUCAUCAAAACGCCUCUAGCAACAACAAUCCUGUAAAUAAUAAUAACAUUGGACACACCAAUCAAGUUUCUGAGAAGGCAGGAUCUCCGGCAACAGCUCCUGCGCACCAAAGAAGUCCAUCUCCGUCCUCC